AGUUAAUGGAUUUCCAUAGUUCUGUAGUGCAUUAAUGUGAAUUUCUGAUUUAUCGUGAAGUGCUGAGCACGGAGCGACCUCUCCAGGACCAUCAUCAACACCGAGCUCUGAAACGCCAACACCGCAAACAAUUGUAGCAGUGGAUGAUAUUUUUAGAGCAGUUUUAGCAAAUAGGGCUGCUGAGGCUUUCAUAGCAAAUAAACCAAGCUCUGCUGCUACUUCAUUAAAGCAAACAGACAGUGAUAAGAGUUUAUUAUGGGACGAUGCUUUAGAACGGGCUAGACUAGAACAAUUAGCAAGCGCAACAAAUAUGGAAUCAGACUCAUCGAAAAAUCCAUCUUCGCAAGAUUUGGACUCUCUGGUGGCGUCAUCUACGGAUGUGUCCCAGGAUUCCUCAGCAACACUUAAGCCAAAUGACCAAUCGUCAGAAAAUUCUGGAACAAUCACGCCAAAAGAUGACAAUAAUGAUUUGGAUAUUAAUGCAAGUGAUGAGAACCAGGUUAACAAUGAUACAGACACUAAUGGAAAUAUGAAUGAUGAGGCUCAGCAGGAUGAUGCCGAUGACAGAUAUGCACAGGCUCCAAACCUGGAUACCAUAAGAGAAGAAAGUGAAAAGAUUCCAGCCUUAGAGAAAGAAGUGAUCAUAGUAUCUAAGGAUGAUACAGAAUCUAUCAGGUGCAAUUUGUUACUUGCAUGAAUGUUUUGUACUAUAUUGGUUUUGUGGUAACUGGUUCUAUGUUGUCU